UAGCGCGGAGGAAGGUAGUCUAGUACUGGUGUAACACUCCAGGAACGAUGGUUAGGAUAUUACCCGCCUAAAUGACUGAAAUACUGUUGGGAAAAGGCGUAAAAUGAAACAAACAAACAAACUUGUUCAUCUGUAUGUCCGCAUUCCCCCCUGUCUAUCUGUAUUUUAUUUUUUACUCAGAUGCAAUCUGAUGCUAUAACCAGGGAGGAGAGGGUUGCUUUGUACUAUCACAGGGGAUUCACAAUCAAAGAGAUUGUUGGUUUUAUGACCUUACAACACGACACUAUAUUGAGUGAACGAACAGUACAUAGGAUUUUGAGAAGCCAGGGACUAUACAGGCGUCAAAACCAAAGCGGGUUACCAGAUGUUGUUGAGGCAAUUUUACUGGAACUUUCCGGAACCGGACAGAAUGCUGGAUAUCGUCAAAUGAGACAGAGGCUUUUGGUACAUCAUGGUAUAGUCGCAACUUGUGAAACUGUGAGGCUUGCACUUAGUGUAAUAGACCCAAGUGGUGUAAUGCUUAGACAGUCUAAAACACUCAGACGUCGUGUUUAUAGAAAUGCUGGCCCUAACUUUGCUAUACAUUUCGAUGGAUGGGAUAAGUUAAAACCUUACGGCGUGUCAGUGCAUGGUGGUAUUGACGGGUUUUCCCGACGACUGUUGUGGUUGAAAUGUUGUAACUCAAACAAAAAGCCUCAGUAUAUUGGUCACUUUUAUUUGGAGUAUGUUGAAGAAAUUCAAGGCUUGCCGCUGCGCGUGUACGCUGAUCGAGGUACAGAAAAUGUUAUUGUCCGUGAUAUACAACAUGCUUUGCAUUCGAUGGACCCGCAUCAGUAUUUGGGGUAUAGCAAUUUUGUGUAUGUGUCGUCCACCAGGAAUGUAAGGAUAGAACGAUUUUGGAGGACAUUACGGGACAUGUGUGGGAACACAUGGAUGAAUUUUUUUAAGGAUAUGUGUGACAUGGGGAUCCUAGAUACCACGGAUAACCUUCACCUGGAAUGUGUUAGAUAUUGCUAUUUUACUCUAAUAAGAAAAGAUCUCAAUGAUGUAAUGAGUGUGUGGAACUCACAUCGGGUUAGGCAAUGUCGUUUUGCUGAAAGUCCAGCUGGCAAACCGGACGUUUUGUUUUACCAGCCGGAACUGUACGGUGCUAGGGAUUUUAAAGUUCCAUUGGCAAAUGGUUUGCAAGAAGUCAGAGAAAGGUUUUGUGAGAAUCCAUCCCAGAAUGGUGUAUCUGAAGAAUUUUUAAUUUUAGCCAGGAACGUAUUGACAGAGUUCGAUAUGGAGUACCCUGCUAGAAACAGAUUUGAAGCCACGGAAAUGUUCAUUGCAAUAACUGCUUAUGCUGACUGCUUGUAAAAAUAAAAAGUAUUGUAAAGUAGAAAAAGUACUGUAUACUGUUGAUCUGGAGCUUUUCUCUACAUAAUUUAAGAGUUGUC